CCGGGAGAGACUUAUUUCGCCAUGCACCCUGUAUUCCCACAACAUUCACCCGUCCCAAACCAUUUCGCUUCCACAAACGCGUUGAAGCUAGAUUGGGAGGAUGAAGAAUAUGGAGAAACUUCCACAAACAUGAUAUCACCGGACACAGGAGAUAAUGGCACCUUCAGUCUUGACUGGCCUCAUUGACCCUUCCAUACCCGCAGCCAUCACGAUGGACACCAUAUCUUCCUCCCCAUUGCACACCCAUUACAUCUCACAGUUUACCCACCGCAACCUACAGCUCCUCCGGACAUUCUCCCCUCGCACACCCCUCCGCGUGGUCGCCCACAUCGACCUCGACGCCUUCUACGCCCAAUGCGAAAUGGUCCGACUCAACACUCCGCGCACCCAACCCCUCGCCGUCCAGCAAUGGGAGUCCCUGAUCGCCGUGAACUACGCCGCCCGGCCGUUUAACAUAUCGCGGAUGAUCACAGCGAAAGAGGCAAAGGCGAGAUGUCCGCAGCUCAUGACGGUGCACGUAGCCACGUUCAGGGAAGGCGAGGGCGGGAAAUGGGCGUAUAGAGAGGACGGUGAUCAUAAUGUGGCGACAGAUAAGGUUUCGCUGGAUCCGUAUAGGGCGGAGUCGAGGAAGAUUUUGGGUACGAUUAAGGAUGGGUUGGUUGCGUGGGCGGAGAAGGUUGAUCCGUGUGGACUUGGGGAACGGAGAACGGAGAGUGGAGGAAGUGUGAAAGAGAAAGAGAAGGAUUGGACAAAUAUGGUGAGGAUAGAGAAGGCGGGGAUUGAUGAGGUUUUUAUUGAUUUGUCGGCAUUGGUGUGGGCGACUCUGCUAGAGAGGUAUCCGAUGUUGCAGGAGAUGGAGGUCAAGAGGGAGAUGAGUGAGCGCCUACCACGCCCACCUACUACGGCGCUAGAUUGGGGAAAAGAGGAUGAGCUGGUCGACUUAGAUGAGGGAGAGACGGAAGAGGAUGACCCGGAUUGGGAUGAUGUGGUUAUGCUCGUUGGAGCAGAUAUCGUCAGGUCAGUUCGUUUUAUGAUCCGGGAGCGCUUAGGUUACACGUGUUCUGCAGGAAUUGCGCGGAAUAAAAUGAUGGCCAAGCUAGGGAGCGCCUGCAAUAAGCCCAAUAAGCAGACAAUUGUUCGAAAUCGUGCCAUACAGCAGUUCCUUGGUGGCUUCAAAUUUACCAAAAUCAGGAUGUUGGGUGGCAAGUUAGGAAAGCAAAUCGCUUCAACCUUUGAGACCGAACAGGUGGAUGAAUUAUUGCGUGUUCCGCUGGAACAAUUUAAAGCAAAGCUGGAUGAUGAUACGGGGAUGUGGUUAUACGAACUUAUUCGAGGGAAUGACUGGAGUGAGGUCAAUCCUCGAACCCAGAUCAAAUCAAUGAUAUCGACGAAAUCAUUCCGUCCAGGGAUCAACUCUUUGGAGCAGGCGGAGAAAUGGCUACGAAUAUUCGCGGCUGAGAUAUAUGGGCGGCUCGUUGAAGAAGGCGUCCUGGAGCAUAAGCGCCGCCCGAAAGUUCUAACUAUUCACCAUCGGCAUAGUGGGCACACAAAAUCUCGCCAGGUUCCUAUUCCGACGGGCAUGGCCAUCGACGAAGAACCACUGUUUGCUUUGGCUAAGGAUUUGCUGAAGCAAGUUACCAACGAGGGCCAUAUGUGGCCCUGCAUGAAUUUAGCACUUACAGUGAGCGGAUUUGAGGAUGGAGUUUCUGGAAACCAAAGCCUCGACAGCUUUUUCACGCGCGCCACGGAUACAGAGAGGAAAACGCCAGUAUCCCUUCGUCGACACCUUGAAGGCGAGGACAAUACGAGCGAGUCGCAUCCGAGCAAGACAUUGAAGCUCCACCAUGAUUUUGACCGAUACUCUCCUCUGGACACAGGGAUAGAUGACGAAGGGACACAUACCGCUGAAAGUCUUAUGCUGGGUUCCAAAGGUGUUUUAUCAACUGAUAGUUCUCCCGAGCCGCAAUUGGGGAUGUUUCCAUGCUCCAAAUGUAGAAAGUUGAUUCCUGAAGCUGGUUUCGAUGAGCACGAAGACUGGCACUUUGCGAAAGACUUGCAAUUGCAAGAAAGAAGGAUGGUGCAUUACAAAAAUACGAACCGCGGUCUUGACAAGUCUAGAGGCAAGCGACAGACACGGUUAGCAUUCGGGUGAAUCUCAGCCGGCUCUGAUGAGCUUGUCGAUCCCACAGUAUUGCCACACUGGUGCCUUGUAGAAUUCGAAAGAAGUUCCCUGUCUGUUCAAGCUAUUCCGGUUGAAGCUGAAUCGUACAUCUAUUUGGAGACUAACGGUGGGAAUCACUAGGACCAGCCGCCAACAGGGCUCCAGUCUAGCAGGCCAACCUGUUCAAAAGACUGGCUCCAGAACAAGUCAGUCCUUGUCCGCUUCUACAUUCGAUUGUCGAGAAUGUGGACCUCUGGGGAGUGAGCCCCUGUCGGCGUUGUCUC